GCGCGCUCCGGCAGCGAUUGAGCGGCCUGGCCCCGCCGUGCCCCGCAGCCCCCCCGGUGUCCAUGGGGCUGCUGUCGGACCCGCAGUGCCGGCGGGCGCUGGCCCGGCUGCUGCUGCGCCUCAACACCCCCCUCUGUGUCCUGAGUUACCUGGCGGGGCUCACCUGGUUCCUGCUGUUACCUGCCCUGGCCCCCCGCACGUACCUGUCCGAGAACGCCAUGGGCUCCACCAUGGUGGGGGAGGGCUCCGACCUCGGGGCCCGCGCGCUGGGGCUGGCCCGGGACUUCGGGGGGCACAAGAGGAAAGCGGGGGCCAUGCCAGUGCAGUGGCUGGAGCAGACCAUGUUCCAGCUGGGGCUCGAGGUUCACCGCCAGCCCUUCAGCCGCACGCUGCCCUUCCCUGACGAGGCCCACGAACGCUACCUGGUGCGGGGCACCAAUGUUUUCGGGGUGCUGCGUGCCCCCCGCGCUGCCAGCACCGAGGCGCUGCUGCUGCUCGUGCCCUGCUCCGAGGGCAGCAAGAACAACCAGGCCGUGGGGCUGCUGCUGGCCCUGGCGGGCUACUGCCGCGGUGAGGGGGCUACCGGGGGCUACUGGGGGGCUACUGCCACG